GCCCCAUGCACUCCCCGCGCCCGGCGCUGCUGAGAGCCGCCCGCGCCGCGCUGCUGCUGUCGCCGUCGCCGCCGCUGCCGCCCCGGCCGCCGGCCCGGCCUCCGCUCCCGCCGCGCCGGCCGCUCGGCACGCGCGCCCCCGCCCCGCCCGCCUUCCCCGCGGCCGCCUCCCGGAGCAGCAUGGACGGCGCCGGGGCUGAGGAGGUGCUGGCACCUCUCAGGGUAGCCGUGCGCCAGCAGGGAGAUCUUGUACGAAAACUGAAAGAAGAUAAAGCACCCCAAGUUGAUGUAGACAAAGCAGUCGCUGAGCUCAAAGCCCGCAAGAGGGUUCUGGAAGCACAGGAGCUGGCAUUACAGCCCAAAGAUGACAUUGUAGACAGAGCAAAAAUGGAAGAUACCCUGAAGAGGAGAUUUUUCUACGAUCAAGCUUUUGCUAUUUAUGGAGGUGUUAGUGGUCUGUAUGACUUUGGGCCAGUUGGAUGUGCUUUGAAGAACAACAUUAUUCAGACCUGGAGGCAGCACUUUAUCCAAGAGGAACAGAUCCUAGAAAUUGAUUGCACCAUGCUUACUCCUGAGCCAGUUUUAAAGACCUCUGGCCACGUAGACAAAUUUGCUGACUUCAUGGUGAAAGAUGUAAAAAAUGGAGAGUGUUUUCGUGCCGACCAUCUAUUAAAAGCUCAUUUGCAGAAAUUGAUGUCUGACAAGAAGUGUUCUGCUGAGAAGAAAUCAGAGAUGGAAAGCGUCUUGGCUCAGCUCGAUAACUAUGGACAGCAAGAACUUGGGGAUCUUUUUGUUAACUAUAAUGUAAAAUCCCCCAUUACUGGAAAUGAUCUCUCCCCUCCAGUAUCUUUUAACUUAAUGUUCAAGACCUUCAUCGGGCCUGGAGGAAACAUGCCUGGGUAUUUGAGACCAGAAACUGCACAGGGGAUUUUCCUGAACUUCAAACGGCUUUUGGAAUUCAACCAAGGAAAGUUGCCUUUCGCUGCUGCCCAGAUUGGAAAUUCUUUUAGAAAUGAGAUCUCUCCUCGGUCUGGACUGAUCAGAGUCAGAGAAUUCACAAUGGCAGAAAUCGAGCACUUUGUAGACCCCAGUGAGAAAGACCAUCCCAAGUUCCAGCACGUGGCAGACCUCCACCUUUGUUUGUAUUCGGCAAAAGCCCAGGUCAGCGGACAGUCUGCUCGGAAGAUGCGCCUGGGGGAUGCUGUUGAACAGGGUGUGAUCAACAACUCAGUGUUAGGCUAUUUCAUUGGCCGCAUCUACCUCUACCUCACAAAGGUUGGAGUAUCUCCAGAUAAACUCCGCUUCCGACAGCACAUGGAGAAUGAAAUGGCCCAUUAUGCCUGUGACUGUUGGGAUGCUGAAUCCAAAACAUCCUACGGCUGGAUUGAGAUUGUGGGAUGUGCUGAUCGGUCCUGUUAUGAUCUUUCUUGCCAUGCGCGAGCCACCAAAGUCCCACUUGUAGCAGAGAAGCCGCUGAAAGAGCCCAAAACAGUCAAUGUUACUCAGUUUGAACCUAAUAAGGGAGCAAUUGGUAAGGCAUAUAAGAAGGAUGCGAAGCUGGUGUUGGAGUACCUUACCAUUUGUGAUGAGUGUUACAUUACAGAAAUGGAGAAACUACUGAAUGAAAAAGGGGAAUUCACGAUUGAAACUGAAGGGAAAACAUUUCAGUUGACAGAAGACAUGGUCAGUGUGAAGAGGUUCCAGAAAACACUAUAUGUGGAAGAAGUUGUUCCGAAUGUAAUUGAACCCUCCUUUGGCCUGGGCAGGAUCAUGUACACGGUCUUGGAACAUACAUUCCACGUGCGAGAGGGAGACGAGCAGAGGACGUUCUUCAGUUUCCCGGCCGUGGUAGCACCAUUUAAAUGUUCCGUCCUUCCACUGAGCCAAAACCAGGAGUUCGUGCCGUUUGUCAGGGAAUUAUCGGAAGCCCUGACCAGGAAUGGCGUCUCCCACAAAGUGGAUGAUUCCUCUGGGUCCAUCGGAAGACGCUACGCCAGGACGGAUGAGAUCGGCGUGGCUUUCGGCAUCACCAUUGACUUUGACACCGUGAACAAGACCCCGCACACUGCAACCCUGAGGGACCGGGACUCCAUGCGGCAGAUCCGAGCAGAGGUCUCUGAACUGCCCCAUGUGGUCCGAGAUCUGGCCAACGGCACCCUCACCUGGGCUGAUGUGGAGGCCAGGUAUCCUCUCUUUGAAGGGCAAGAAACUGGUAAAAAAGAGACAAUUGAGGAAUGAGGACAAUUACAGCACUUUUGACCACUUGGGCUAAUAAAAAAAAUAACUCUUACCGUGUCCACUUUACAAAAAAACACAAAACAGCAUUGUGAUUGCUCCCAGGGACUACAUUUUAUCCUCACUGGCUGCCUGAUCUCACCCCAAAUUAAAGUUGGAGGAAUUCUGAA